CUCCUGGGUACCAGUCGGCGCUCCCCGGCCUUGGCGGCGGAAGAGAUGCAGCAGCGUCACUAGCGCCCGGCCUCUUAAAACGCUGCUGGCUGGAGCCACCUCCCUCCCUGCAGCCCGCGGCGGGGAUGGAGUGAAGGGAGACCCGUCGACCUGUCCGCGGGGAUCAGCGAUGGAGUUAAAGCAAUCUUUGUCCAUCCAUCUGGAAGCUGAGAAGCCUUUGAGGCGCUAUGGGGCGGUGGAGGAGACGGCGUGGAAAGCGGAGGGACUGGGGAGAAAUCAGCUGGACAUCAUCUCCAUGGCAGAGACAACCAUGAUGCCGGAGGAGAUCGAGCUGGAGAUGGCGAAAAUUCAGCGUCUCCGGGAAGUCUUGGUCCGACGGGAGUCUGAGCUCAGGUUUAUGAUGGAUGACAUCCAGCUCUGUAACGCCAUCAUGGACUUGAAGCAGGAGCUGCAGAACCUGGUCGCCGUCCCAGAAAAAGAAAAAAGCAAGCUGCAGAAGCAGAGAGAGGAUGAGCUAAUCCAGAAAAUCCACAAACUGGUGCAGAAGAGAGACUUCCUGGUGGACGACGCAGAGGUCGAACGGUUAAGGGAGCAAGAAGAAGACAAAGAAAUGGCCGAUUUCCUGAGAAUCAAGUUAAAACCUCUAGACAAAGUAACCAAAUCUCCAGCCAGCUCCCGGGCAGAGAAGAAAGCAGAGCCCCCGCCUAGCAAGCCCACGGUGGCCAAGACGGGGCUGGCACUCAUCAAGGAUUGCUGCGGGGCCGCCCAGUGCAAUAUCAUGUAGCCCCCGUGUGGGGUGCCCCCGGGGCCACGGGGACCCCCCCCCAUCCUCUUGUCUUCAUAGCCCCCAUUUCACCGGGGCCCAAGAGCUCUCCGCGUCGGAAGGGAUUGAAGGCAAGCCCGUGACUGCCACCAGGGGCCGCCCUGUACAGAGUGUAGCAAUAGGGAGUCCCUCACCGUCGCAUGGCCCUUCCCAGAGCAUGCCGAACCCAGGAGUCUGUCUCACUGUUUAUCCAACCGCCAGGAAAGGUCCUCCCUCGAAAAAGUCUAUCUCCACUUCUAUCUAGCUGUAUCUAACCCACCGUGCUAAUGAACUGGGAGAGGGGCAUGAUCCCCAGGUGUGAAUAGUCGUAACUCGUCAACAGUCUAGCACCAUGUUGGACACAUUCCCCACCCAUCCCUCUAACUCUGCUGUCAGGCCUGCCCCAAACGGCUCCAUCCCCUACCCCCAUCUGUCCUCUCCCAGGGGCUGUGCCCGGAGGGCUCCACACAGCCCACGUGUCUUUGGAGACACAGAGGGCCAUCUGUAAAGAUUGAGCUUGUGUGUGGUGUCGUGGUCCUGUCUCCCGCAUCCUCCCCUCCCGUGUCUGGGCACGGCUCACAUCAGGAGUGUGUCCCUUCGCUCCUGGCUCUUCCUCCCCUUGCAACAUCUGUCCCAGGUGUGUGGAGCACAGUGGGGAUGGGGCCCUGGCUGGACCACAUCCAGGGCUUGGAAGAGGUAGCAGAGAGCUGGAGGCUCCAACACCAAGGCAAGGGCAUAUGAGAAGGGGAGCCAGAGAAGAUGCUGACCCAGGCACUCUCCACACACCGGGGGCCACCGGGCGGAGUGCCAGCGGGACACCACUCACCAGCCUAACACACAGACCUCCGCAAACAACAGUGGCAGGCAGGAGAGGCGGCCUGACCCGACAGUGUCAGGUCAGGUGGUGUGUUUUAACCAGCCUACCAAUCCACCUGUGUAACUUGACGUACCUUUGCUACAGCCAGCCCGGCACAGCCCGUGCGACCUCUCUGUCCGUGUGUGUGUCGUGACCGGCCUCAGUAGUUAGCAUCGCUCAAGAUUCGCUGAUGUGCAAUCACCCAUCGGAGAAAAUAAAAAUGGAAACCACGUACGCAGCAUUUUACAGUUUUUACUUUUUUCUUGACUGUAGAGGUAACCCAUGUACAUAGUUAACCAUUUCAAAAAUAUAGAACGUAUAAAGAAUUUUUUUAAUAAACUCCCAUAAUUCCUCCAACUUGGGACCACUCUGACACGUUGGCAUAUUUCCUCUCUGUCUCUUUUUAUGCAUUUUUUUCAUGACUAGCGUCCUAUUGUAUCAUUUUGUAACAGUUCUCUUUUUCUGCUUAGCAGAAUGUCACUCCCUUUCUGCCACAUCAUUAAAAGCUCUGUGUA